AGACCCAAAGUUGUAAGCAAAAGCAAUAAUAAUAAUAAACACUUGAUGAUGUUGUUUUGAUCCCCCAAACUCGUCAUUACUUCACUCUCUCAAAUUCACACAGAGAGAGAGAAAAAAGAUGAUACUGUUGCAAUCUCAUUCCAGAUUUCUCCUCCAGACCUUGCUAAAUCGCGUUCACAAUCUUGAUAAAGCAGUGGAAUUGGAUUACAACUGGGUCGAGUUUGACGAUGUUCGUUUCCACAUUCAGGUGUCGUUGAAGAAUUCCCACGUCUUGCUGUUAUCAGUAUCAUUACCCUCUCCUCCUGCAGAAGCCAUUUUCUUUAAUGGGCUUCCAUUUGGAGCCAUUGAAGCUAUAAAAGCUGCAUAUGGCGUGGUUGUGCAAAUUCUUGAUCCUCCAAAGGAUGGCUUUAAUCUCACAUUGAAACUGAAUCUGUCAAAACUUCCUCCAGAUGAAGAGUACAGACAUGCUAUUUUGGUAAAGAUUGCAUCUGUAAGGGAAGUGGUACUUGGAGCUCCAUUGAGAGUAAUUCUAAAAAAACUUGGUUCAAGGGCUGUUGCUCCUAAUAAGGAUCGGCUGGUUGCCAUUGUACAUCGACCAAAUGAGUCUUUUUUCCUGGUUCCUAAGGUUGAAAAGGUGACCGUUGUAUAUCCUAUGAGAUUCACGGACUCCAUAGAUAUUGUUCUUGCAACUUCCUUCCUGCAGGAGUUUGUGGAAGCAAGACGUACAGCUGGACUUAACAGUGCCCCUUCUUGUUUGUGGUCUCCUUCUCCUCCUCCAGAACUAGAGGGAGCUCCUGCCGAAGCAUUAUUGGCCAAUGCAGGAUUUGUGACAUUUGUUAUCUUCCCUCGUCAUGUAGAAGGCAAAAAGCUGGACCGUACUGUUUGGAGUUUAUCAACAUUUCACGCUUAUGUUAGUUAUCAUGUUAAAUGCUCAGAGGGUUUCAUGCAUACACGGAUGCGGCGUCGUGUGGAAUCUUUGAUUCAGGCUCUAGAUCGUGCGAAACCCAAUGUGGAGAAUUCGAAGAAAACGGCACAAAGCAGAUCCUUCAAACGACUGAGCCUCAAUGAAGCAAGGACCAAUUCAAAGUCAUAAGGGAUCACUGGAUAGAAGAGGAAAUGCUCCCAGUUGGAACCUAAGAAGCUCAUUGUCCAAGGCAUUGCUUGCAAUAUUCAGUGAAGAUUGCUGCAAGAGCUUGUAUUUUAUUCUCUAAUGAAAAAAGAAAAAAGAAAAAGAGAAGUGCCUAUUUAUUCAGUUGCUAAUAUACUACAAUUUUGUUUGAAGUUGACUGCAUUUGAACCAGAAUUGGUUAUUUUGUUCAAGUGUUGUAGUAUUUUCAUUCCCAGUUUGAAAAAUUAAUCUAAUUAUCCCCACAUUAAUCUGUUGUUAACAUUUCAAUGGAGCUAUGCAUGGAACUUAGUUACUUGGGUGA